UUUAGCCUUCAUUGAGAAAAGACAGUGGCUCUGGGGUGUGUUGGACUUUUGGGUUGGGCCCUGGAUCUAUCAGACAACUUUACAGUCUGCAGCCUUGCAAUACUUCCCUGUUUGAAAGCCCCCAGCAAGCCUGUCCAUGGUCUGUCUGUGCAAUUCGUUCCUUAAUUAUUUAUGGUCAACCCACUAGCUCAAGAACACAGUUACUUUGCUUAUUUAUUUAUUUAUUUAUAGAGUUACUUUCUCUUGUUUGACAUAUAAUCUCAAAUUUACAAAGGGAGAUUUUUUUUAAAUGAGAUUUUAGGCUUUAAUAGCAUACUUUUAGAAUGAGAAACUGGAAGAAACGUAAUAUUGAAAAGUACCUACAUACAUUCUUAACCCUUUACAGAUAGAGGUUAUUCAUGAGGAUUAUUAGGUAUCAUGAAAGGGGGUAAGAUUGUCUCCAUUUUAUUGAAGAGAGAUUGAGGUUCAGAUGUGGAAACUUGACCAACGCCAUCUCUUUUCAUUUGGGCAGAGCUAAGAUUCAUACCCCAAUAGGCAUAUCUGGAGAGCCCUUUCCAAUACAUUAUAUUGUCUAUGGCAGGGUGAGUGUGAGAUGAGCAAAGAUGAGGGGUUUUUCAAAAGUCCACUUAAAAAGCCAGUGAUAGAAUGAGGUUUAGGUGUCAUGAGUUUGGUUAACAAAUGACUGGCUGUGCCCCAAGCCCAAAAUGUCACAUCUGCUUCACCAGAACUGCAGGACAAGCACAAAUGUGGAUCAGAGGAUUUUAGUGCACACUCUGGGUGAUAUAAUUUCAAAUUCUGGCACAAGACUAGGAUAUAGAGCUGACAGAGGAGACACUAACUUGUUUUCUGGGUUUUAUAUAUUGAGAACAAUUGUCAGCCAUUUCAUUAUGGGGUCAAGACUCUCCCAAGGUUGUCUCUGGUGGGCCUCCCUUGCUUUGAGGGGACUUUGAAGGCAGGGCAGGCUGAGAAGAACUGACUGGAUUUGAUCAUGGAUGUGGGAAAGAAAAAUGCUAUGAAAACCAUGGGAACUCUGGAAGUUAAAAUAAUACACUCUGGAGAGUUUAAGGUUUUUGGAUAAGCUUUAAUUGGUAGAACAGAGAAGAAUGAUUAUGAAAAGUAUUGACUAGUAAAGGGAACUGCUGGGAAAUGGGUGAAGGUAUUAUUUUGAUCUAUUGGGUUUCUGCUAACUCAAGUAUUCACUUUAUGCUCUGAUCUAUCCUUCCUGUGAUUUGUGUAUACAUACUUCCUGUGUGAGCACAUCCUGUCCCUAAUUUCCAGGUUUCCGUAGCUUUAGCCUUACUUUGGAUCUGCUGACACAGUUUCACACCAUCUUAGUUGAUUACAUCAGUUUAUGUUGCUGUCACCUCAAAUCCAACAUGUGCAAACCCAGCUCUGCAUUAAAAAAGAAAGAAAGAAAGAAGAAAAGCCUUUGCUCCAGCAGCCCUAUUUUUACUCAGAUGAGGGUUUGGGUCAUGUUACCUUAACCAAAGUAGAAGGUGAUUAGGAACUGGAAGGUGAGUGGGUAUGAUUCUGUAAUAAAUGUUAGUUUUUAAAAGGCCAGUAUUUUGUGCUUUUGGUUUACGCUUUUUUCUUGCGGGAAUUAGGUAAAGUGCUUCCCUAGAAGUCCCAGCCAGUAGGUUACAAAAUUACCGGUUCUUAAGAGUUUUGCGUACACUUGUCAGGAUCACUGAAAAAGAACAAACCUAUCUAACAAUGUUGAACCAUGUCAAAUCGCCAAAAGCUGAUAUUAUGCAGUUUUUUUACUUUAAAAAGGCAAACAAAACAGCAGUAUGUAGUUUCGAUGUGGUAUGACGUGCCAUAUAUUAAACGAACUGCACUGCGACUCUGGUGAGAAGAUAAGCGCCAGGUUUCUCGAGUAAGGGGUGAAGGGCGUCUGGCACGAGAGCCUCGGGUAACCACAAGACAGGAAGCUCCUGCCGCCGCUCCGAUCUCCUUUUAAGUCUUGGUCACGCCCCCGUUUUGCAGCUGCCGUAGAGUGCGACGUCGUGCCACGCCUAUUGGGCGCUUUUUAUGACGCAGUAGGCCGCGGGGUUUUUUUUUGCGCGGGAAAAGGGGGGCAGUCUGGAUCUCUAGGCUGUGUUGCUUGGACCGGCAGUUUCUGUGGAGUUGACGCUCGCCCUCUGUCCCUGCCGGUUAUGGGGUUACUGGAGCUGUGUGAGGAAGUGUUUGGUACCAAUGACCUUUACCGAGUGUUGGGCGUACGGCGCGAGGCCUCGGACGACGAGGUCCGACGCGGCUACCACAAGGUAUCCCUGCGGGUGCAUCCGGACCGGGUUGGCGAGGACGACAAAGAGGACGCCACCCGCCGCUUCCAGAUCCUCGGGAAAGUCUAUUCUGUUUUGAGCGACAAAGAGCAGAGAGCAUUGUACGAUGAGCAGGGAACCGUAGAUGAAGAUUCUGAUGUGCUCAGCCAAGAUCGGGACUGGGAGACGUAUUGGAGGUUACUUUUUAAAAAGAUAUCUCUAGAAGACAUUCAAGCUUUUGAAAAGACAUACAAAGGUUCUGAAGAAGAGCUGGCAGAUAUUAAACAGGCCUAUUUGGAUUUCAAGGGUGACAUGGAUCAGAUCAUGGAGUCUGUGCUGUGUGUGCAGUACACAGAAGAACCCAGGAUAAGGAACAUUAUUCAGCAAGCCAUUGAUGCUGGAGAGAUCCCGUCCUAUAAUGCCUUUGUCAAAGAAUCAAAGCAAAAGAUGAAUGCAAGGAAAAGGAGGGCUCAGGAAGAGGCUAAAGAAGCAGAAAUAAGCAGGAAGGAGCUGGGUCUUGACGAAGGAGUAGAUAACUUGAAAUCAAUUAUUCAGAGCAGACAAAAGGAUCGGCAAAAAGAAAUGGACAAUUUUCUGGCUCAAAUGGAAGCAAAGUACUGCAAACCUUCCAAAAGAGGAGGGAAAAAAACGCCUCUCAAGAAAGAAAAGAAAUAAUGGAAUUUUCUCUUCAAAAGUCCUUAGGUGUUAAUUGGCGCCGUUGUAGGCAAGAUACAGUCAAGAUUUGAAGAAAGAAGUUAACCCUGCUCUUGAGAAAAGCUGUCCUUCCAGCCUAAAUUCAGCUCUACUCUGUAAACCAAGCAGAAUCUCUCAGCCUGAUUUUAGUAAUCCUAGAAAUCCCCUGACAUUCUUAGAGGUCCUGAAUGAAGGAAUUUGGAGAUUUUUGUGGGAAUGGGGGAGAGUGAUGUACUUCCUGGCAGUGCUUGCAUCUGUGAUCUUCUGUACAAGGAACUCGUAUCUAGAAUGUGGGUCUGUCCCAUAUUGCCUUUAGCAGUUGUUUUGCCGCAUGAGUGUGCACACAGCCACAGAGUAUUCGGAGUGAUGUGUGUGAUAUUAGAACAAUAAUUCUGUUCUAGCUCUGCCUAGCUAGAAUGCUUUCAGAACACUUGGUGGACAUCUUUCUUUCAAAUAUUUGCCAGUUUGCUUUCAGGCUUAAUGUUCUUGAAUAGAUCCUCUCUCCUUUUUGUUUUACACAGCCAGGUUUUGUACUCUUUGCUAGAAGUACAGGAGAAACAGAUGUUGAGAUUACUUUAAGCAUCUUUGUAAGACUUGUAUGUGAUGAAAUAAACAAGAUAAAAAUGA